AUGCGUCUCCCGCGCAUUCCUUUCUUCCGCAUCUGGUACAGCACUACAUAUACUAUCCUAUUCUUGAUAUUGCUCGUCCUCCUCGCCGUCAUUCCCGCCGAUCAUAUCUACCAAGCCAUACGCUUCGGCAGCAGGAAGAACGCUUUUGUAAUUGCUGGUAUUGAAGUCAUUACUGCUCUGCUUGCGAUCUCCGUAUACGCGACACGUCUAUACACCAACCGUACUGUCCUCAAUUCGAUACCGAAGCCAUACAUACCUGUAGAAGCUGGGGAAGUAGGCGAGAAUGUGCGUCGCGUCAUUGCGCGAAAUCUGGAGCGGAGCGCUUUGAUCGCAUGGGAUACGAGACCCAGAGAUAUCCGGCCCGAGAUUCAAGAGAAUGGUACAACUGGUAGACGACUGUCGGAUAACGAGAGGAAAUCGUCUAGGUGGAAGAAGAGGAGCCAUGCAAGACCGGCAACUAUCGUACCAAUCAGUCCAGGUGACCCUCCAUGGGGUCACAUUUCGCACCCGGGAUGGUCUCGUCCGGACUCGGAAGACCUGCCUGAGCUCCAGUACUGGAUGGUCGUGACCGAGCUUCCCAACUUGAUUGAAGCCAAAGCUGUAUCUUUGGCGCCGCCGGAUUUGUUCUUGAGAGGGCUCGGCCAGCCUGGAGAAAGCAUUCCUGAUGCCCGUAUUGUUGCUUUACUUCAACGGCCGUCUUCCAUGGGUCUUCGCGAUUAUCUUGGUCGAUUGGCAUCAUUCAAUCUUAUAAGCCCACCCGAGGUCAGCGCCCAAUUUCUUGCGCAGUAUGAAUACGCGCGCUUCUCUACUUUCAACCUGACUGAGAAAGAGUUUCGAAGUCUGAUGGACAUCUUUGCGGACUUACUGAGCGGCAUGACAGAUCUUGAUCCGGUGCUUAUCGCGCAAAUUCAGGCAGAGUCAGACACCUUCAGCUCGUCUUCUGGUACAUCUUUUGUCGCUUACAACCAUUCUACGCACCAGUCAAGCCUUCCAGAUAAUAGUUCUGCUUACAGCGAUGGCGCCUCCACCAAUUCUGAUGCUGCUAGUCCUACUACGAUGAGGACGGCACCGUCGCAAAGGCGCGAUGCAAGCUCAAACUAUCCAGGCAUAUCGAGGACUGAGAGUGCCUCGACGAUUUCACUCGGAUCCGUCCGUAUACAUCCAGUCUCUGAAAGAGGCCAAGCGGAAAGUUUUACCUCUUCGACAUCCUCUAUACGAUCGGCUCAAUCAGUCAUCAGGCUGACCCCCUCACCUAGCUUGGGGGACCGACCCUUUCAGUUCACAUUCAACAAUGGUUGA